AUGUUUUGGCACAAUAUACAGUUAUAUAACAAUCUGUUUAUUAUUCUAUUAAUAUUAUAUACAUUUGAUUGUUUUAUAUGUUUUCCAAUUUUUGAUAAUGAAUGUGGUUCUACACCAUUUAUAUUUAAUCCUAAUGGUAAUAUAUAUUCACAUAAAGGUUAUGAAAAACAAUUAAAUUAUAAUGGAUUGAUUCAAUGUUUUUGGUUUAUUCAUAUCAAUCCACAAGAUCGUAUUAUUAUACAAUCAAUUGAUUUUGAUCUAGCUGAUAAUUCAAUUCAAUGUGAUGAAGAUAGUUUAAUAAUUUAUGAAUCAGAUAAUUAUCAAAUUAAUAAUAUAACAUAUUCAGAAAUGGAUACAUUCACAAAACGAAUUGGUAAAUAUUCAUAUUGUGGAUCAAAAAAUUUUAGAAUAUUGUCUAGUUCUAAUCAGCUAUUAUUAAUAUUUAAAGCACAAUCAAUUGGUAAACAUAAAGGUUUUAAUCUACGUUAUUCAGCUAUAAAUUCUAACUUGGCAAAUAUAAUUGAAUUUUCAUCACAGUCGUUUAUAAUGAAUAGGACAUGUGACUCAUCAUUUGAAUGGAAAUGUCCAACAUCCCAAUGUAUAUUGAAAAUAUGGAGAUGUGAUGGAUUUUCUGAUUGUUCAGGUUCGGAGGAUGAACUAAAUUGUUUCAGCCCAUUUUCAAAAAUAUCUCUUUUGAAUAAAAGACAAAAGCGAUCCGUUUAUGAUAAUGAAGAAAACUGGGGUCGUGUGGUCAAUGGUCAACCGGCUCCAAAAGGUGCUUGGGCUUUUAUAGUUUCUUUACGUUUCUCUGGAAAUGGGGUACAUGUUUGUGCAGGCAGCUUAAUUAGCGCACAAUGGGUAAUGACAGCUGCACACUGUGUUCAACCAAUGCCAGAUCCAAAGCGAUGGUUUGUAGAUGUUGGAAGAUACUAUAAAAACACUGGUGGUCCUGAAGUUCAAAGAAUAAAACUUUCACAAAUUGUUAUACAUCCGUCUUACAAUAAAAGAAUUUACGCCAAUGACAUAGCACUGUUACGUCUACAAACUCCAGCUAAUUUAAAUAAUCGUCAGGUCCGACUUUCUCCAGUUGCACGUAGUUCUUAUUUAUCCAAUUUAUUAACCACUAAUGUUCAAUGCAUGGUUGCUGGUUGGGGAGAUACACGUAAUACAGGCUCAAAUGAUGUUCUAAGACAAGCAGUUCUUCCUGUUAUUAAUUAUGAUCUUUGUAAAUCAUGGUAUUAUUAUCUUAAUAGUGCAAGCUUUUGUGCUGGAUACAAGCAAGGAGGAAUUGAUGCUUGCCAAGGUGAUAGUGGGGGACCUCUAUUGUGUUAUGUUGGAGGUCAAACUGUUCAAGCUGGAAUUGUAUCAUGGGGUAACGAUUGUGCAAAACCAAGAAGUCCAGGAGUUUAUACUAAUGUGGCUAUGUUUUUUGACUGGUAUUCAAGUGUUUUGUAAACUUUCUUUUUUAUAAAAGCAUUUAGCAAUUUUAAUAUAAUAAAUAAGGUAACUUUAAA